AUGGGAACGAAGAACCAACCCUCGAUUAAGAGCCACGUAUCUAGCCGGGCUAAUAAGCCACUCUCUCGCCCAGCACACACCCUGCCAUAUUCCAAGGUCAUCGAAGAGACUAAAUGUAACUCAGAGGAUGGCCUUACAUCCUCUGAAGCCCAAUCUCGCCUACAAGAGUAUGGGAGGAACGAGUUGGGAGAUGAUGGGGGUGUUCAACCUGGGAAAAUUCUCCUUCGUCAAGUAGCUAAUGCUAUGACAUUAGUCUUAAUUCUCGCUAUGGGUGUUAGUUUUGGAAUUCAAUCCUGGAUUGAAGGUGGUGUAGUAGCUGCCAUUAUCAUCCUAAACAUUGUGGUAGGGUUCUGGCAAGAGUUCAACGCUGAAAAGACGAUGGACUCCUUGAGAUCUCUCAGUUCACCGACUGCGAAUGCUGUUCGAGAUGGUAAGACCGUUACAGUCCCGACGGCUGAGAUUGUUCCAGGCGACAUGGUGGAGAUGAUAAUGGGCGAUACUAUUCCUGCAGAUAUUCGUCUUAUCGAGGCCGUUAACUUCGAGACUGACGAAGCUCUAUUGACGGGUGAGUCUCUUCCAGUCCAAAAGGAUGCCGAGGCCAAAUUCAGCGACGAUACUGGCCUUGGCGAUCGCCUCAAUGUUGCCUACAGCUCUUCCACUGUUACUAAAGGGCGCGCACGUGGAGUCGUGUUUGCUACUGGGGUUUAUACAGAGAUUGGCUCCAUCGCUGCCGCACUCCGAAACCAAGGGUCUCGUCGCCGACCUGUCAAGCGUAAACCAAAUGGCUCGGCCAAACCACAUCAAUAUGCACAAGCAUGGGGAUUGACUGCUACGGAUGCUAUUGGACAUUUCCUUGGUGUAAAUGUUGGAACUCCGCUACAGAAAAAACUCUCUCGUCUUGCACUCCUUCUCUUCGGCAUCGCCGUAGUGUGCGCAAUCAUUGUCCUUGCUGCCAAUAGGUUCGUGAGCGAUCAGGAGGUCAUAAUCUACGCUGUUGCUACAGGCCUUAGUAUGAUCCCCGCUUCGCUCAUCGUUGUCUUGACUAUUACUAUGGCUGCUGGCACAAAGCGAAUGGUUGAGAGACACGUAAUUGUACGAAACUUAAAGUCGCUUGAAGCCUUAGGUGGAGUUACAGACAUCUGCUCCGAUAAGACCGGCACCCUAACUCAAGGAAAGAUGGUCGCGAAAAAGGCCUGGAUUCCAGCCAUAGGAACCUAUUCCGUUGGGACGACGAAUGAUCCAUUUAACCCCACGGUUGGUGAUCUUACCUUCGUACCGAAGCCGCCAAGGGAGAUCGAUUUCAAUAAAGCUGAUCAUGGGAAGUCUGAAAACUACAAAGAGCUCUUAAAGAACAACCGGCAUCUAGUGGACUACUUGAAAGUCGCAUCGUUUGCCAACCUUGCCAAUGUUCACGAGACCCAAGCAGGUGAUUGGAAUGCUCGGGGCGACCCUACCGAGAUUGCCAUACAAGUCUUCGCCUCACGAUUUAACUGGAAUCGUCUUCGAUUCGCUCAAGGUGAUGGCCCGGAAUGGGUGCAGCUGGCCGAAUUCCCCUUUGACUCAGAUGUGAAGAAAAUGUCCGUCAUUUUCGAAGAAACCGCGACUUCUCACAAACAUGUCUUCACGAAAGGCGCUGUCGAACGAGUAAUCUAUUCGUGCACCUCAAUGUUCACUAUAGGGGAAGAGAGCGUAGUCGAGAUAACUGACGAAAUCCGUGAAGAUAUUUUGCAAAACAUGGAAUCCCUAGCAGCGCUCGGACUUCGAGUAUUAGCCUUAGCAAGCAAGACUUGGGAGGGUCAGAUUACCAAGGGCGAAGAUGUUGAUAGAAAUGGAGUCGAAGAGAGCUUGAUCUUCCGGGGUCUCGUUGGACUUUAUGACCCACCUAGACCUGAGUCUGCUCCAUCUGUCCGGCAAUGCCAGAAAGCGGGUAUCCAGGUUCACAUGCUUACGGGCGACCACCCUGGAACAGCUCGAGCUAUUGCGGCCGAAGUUGGGAUUUUGCCGUCAAACAUGGCUCGGUUGAGCAAGGAAGUGUCCGACGCCAUGGUCAUGACAGCAGGCCAAUUUGAUAAGCUCUCAGACCACCAGAUCGAUGGUCUUCCACUACUGCCCUUGGUUAUUGCGCGUUGCGCCCCAAACACAAAGGUCCGAAUGAUCGAAGCUCUGCACCGAAGGAAAUGUUUUGUAGCCAUGACCGGUGACGGUGUAAACGACUCUCCAUCUUUGAAACGUGCCGACGUUGGCAUUGGCAUGGGCACUGGAUCCGAUGUAGCGAAGGAUGCAGCCGACAUUGUCCUAACCGACGAUAACUUUGCCUCAAUUCUCAAUGCAGUUGAAGAAGGCCGCCGCAUGUUUGAUAAUAUCCAGAAGUUUAUCCUCCAUCUCCUAGCCCAAAACAUUGCCCAAGCCUGUAUAUUGCUCAUUGGACUUGCAUUCAAGGACGAAAACCGACUUUCGGUGUUCCCUCUCGCUCCUGUAGAGGUUAUGUGGAUUAUCAUGAUUACUUCUGGUCUUCCGGAUAUGGGUCUUGGUUUCGAGGUCGCUGCACCAGAUAUUAUGUCGCGGCCACCUCAAAGCCUAAAGCGUGGCGUCUUCACCCUUGAAGUCAUGGUCGACAUGCUCGUCUAUGGCCUUUGGGUUGCUGCCUUAUGUCUCUGCUCCUUCCUACUAGUCCUCAACGCCUGGGGCGACGGCGACCUAGGCAUAAAUUGCAACGACGUAUUCUCCUCCCGCUGCGACACGGUCUACCGCGCCCGCGCCACUUGCUUUGCCUGCCUGACCUGGUUCUCUCUGUUCCUCGCUUGGCAAAUGGUCGACAUGCGCCGCUCCUUCUUCCUCAUGCAACCCAAAUCCAAGAAAUACUUCACGCAAUGGUUUCUCGACGUCUGGCGCAACCAAUUCCUCUUCUGGUCCACAAUCGCUGGAUUCGUCACUAUUUUCCCUGUGCUGUAUAUCCCGGUUAUCAAUACCGUAGUGUUCAAGCAUCAGGGGAUUAGCUGGGAGUGGGGUAUUGUGUUUAUUGCGACGAUUUUGUUUUUCUUGGGUGUUGAGAUGUGGAAGUUGGGGAAAAGGGCCUUUUUUAGGAGGAGGGGUCAUAAAAUUGGGUCUAGGAGGGAUUCGGUAGACCUCGAGAAGAGAGUGUUUGAGAGGUAUCUUAGUACGGCGAUUAGUAUGGAUGAUGAGAAGUAA